AUGCUUCAUUCAUCAUUGGCUGUGGAUGAUCAAGAAAAAGUGUUUGAUAUUGCUCCAGAAGGGAUCCGAAAAUGUAUCAUUAGCUCCAAUAUAGCUGAAACAAGUAUCACGAUCGACGGAAUUCGAUUUAUUGUAGACUCUGGCAAAGUGAAGGAGCUCAGUCACGAUCCUACCUCUAACAUGAGCAAGUUGUCGGAAUUUUGGAUCUCCAAAGCAAGCGCUACACAACGUUCUGGACGUGCCGGACGAACAGGCCCAGGCGAAUGUUUUAGACUUUAUUCCGAAAACGAGUUUAACCACUUUAAUGACUUUCCUGUACCUGAGAUCCAAAGAGCUCCUCUUGAACCCCUCCUAUUACAAAUCAAAGCAAUGGACCUUGGCUGUCCGCGUACAUUUGACUAUGUAGAAGCUCCAUCUGAAGAUGCUUUAAAUGCAUCAAUGGAAUUUCUCCAAAAUCUGGGAGCCAUUGAUGUUUCUGAGAAUAUUAUGGCUCUUGGAAAAAUCCUUGCAGAUCUUCCAGUUGAUACCAUCAUUGGAAAGAUGCUGAUCAUGGCAACGGUAAUAAUGAUUAUAACAAUAUAA